ACCAGUGAGAAAAAACAAAAUCAGACGAGACGAGACGAGAGAUAGAGAGCAAACCAACUAUAAUAGAUUGGUUCUGAAAGAUCAAUUUUCAUUUUUUAAAGUUCUCGUGGCUUGGCUUGAUUCUGCAAUUCUCUCCAUUUUGGUUUUUCUCAAUUUUAAUCCAACCUAAAGAUAAGGAAGCUAAAUCGACGGUGUAGAUUCUUCAAACAAGCAAUCAUAACGCCAUUGAUUAUUUCCUAAAAGAGAAAAGGUUUUUAAACUCUUCAUCUCAGAAAAAUGCAGACUCCAAAAUCAAGGCCGGGAUCAUUGGAGCUGCCACAGAAGAAGUCUCCUUUACCAGCUCCCAAAGUUACUCGGAGACUCAAGCCAAGCGGAGCAGAAUCCGAUCCAAAAGCCAAGACUUUAUCGAAAACUCAAAUCCCGAAAGUAGUAGCUGAUCGUCGCUCUCCAAGGAUCCCUCUCAAUGAGAUUCAGAAGAAGCGGACAGGAGGAAGGAUACCGGAACUUGAAUCUCAGAUAUCUCAGCUUCAAGAAGAGCUCAAGAAGGCAAAAGAAGAGCUAAACAGAUCAGAAGCAUUGAAGAGGGAAGCUCAAGAAGAAGCUGAAGAUGCCAAGCAUCAGUUAAUGGAGAUCAAUGCCUCCGAAGAUUCAAGAAUUGAGGAGCUGCGUAAACUCUCACAGGAGCGAGACAGGACAUGGCAGUCUGAGCUUGAAUCUAUGCAGAGACAACAUGGAAUGGAUUCAGCUGCUUUGUCUUCUGCCAUUAACGAGGUUCAGAAACUGAAAUCGAAGCUCUUUGAGUCCGAGUCCGAGCUAGAGCAGUCUAGAUUCGAGGCAAGGUCUUUGGAGAAACUCGUUAGACAGCUCGAGGAAGAAAGAGCAAACAGCAGAGGCUCAUCAUCAUCAAUGGAAGUGGAAGAGCUGAAAGAAGCAAUGAAUCUUGCGAGGAAUGAGAUUAGCCAACUGAAAUCUGCAGUUGAAGUAGCAGAGACAAGGUACCAAGAAGAGUAUAUACAGAGCACAUUGCAGAUAAGAAGCGCUUACGAACAAACAGAGGCGGUUAAGUCAAGAUAUUCACUGAGAGAGUCCGAGUUAAUGGAAGAACUGAAGAGAACCAAAGGUGAAAUCGAAGAUUUGCGCAAACAGUUAAUGGAUAAGAAGAAAGAAGAUGACUUCACAGGCGAUAUGAAGAAGCUUGAAUCGGAUUUGAUGGAAGUGAGAGGGAGUUUAAUGGAUAAGGAGAUGGAGUUGCAGAUUCUAAAGAGUGCAAUGGAGAAGAAAGUGGAAACCGCAAACACAGAAGCCAUGGAAGCUGAGCUUAGAAGAGUGAAGGUUCAGUGUGAGCAGUGGAGGAAAGCUGCGGAGACAGCAGCAUCUAUACUGAACAAUAAUGAGGAGAGAACAGAUUCUAUUGAGACUAGCAAAAUGUUGAAGAAGUUUGGUGUGUUACUCAAGAAAAACCACAAGUAAUACUAAUAAUAAUACUGAUUCUUUUUUUCUCCUUAUAAUAGAAUUUGAGAAAUGGCAUUAUUGCUGUUAUGUAAAUUUGCAAAAUUUCGAUUUGAUUUGAUCUUGUUGUUAACGUUGCCACA